GCCCGCGCCCGCUCCCCACCCACCCGCCAUCCCCACCCAGUCCGCAGACCCUUCCAGGCUGCAGCUGUCGCCCCGGCUUCCACUCCGCCGCCGCCGCAAACCUGCGAGGUGUCUGACUUCAGCCGCCUCGGCAGCCAGAUCGUUCUCCGUCGGGGUCCUCAGCUAAGACCGCAGCCAUGCCGGUGACGGUGACCCGCACGACCAUCACGACCACGUCCUCCUCGGCCUCCCCGACCGUCCUGGGGUCGCCUCGGUCGCUCUACCAGCCCCUGGGCCUGCUCCGCCUGCUCCAGCUGCUUUCCACCUGCGUGGCCUUCUCGCUGGUAGCCAGCGUGGACGCCUAUGUCGGCUUCUCGGGGAACUGGUGCAUGUUCGCCUGGUGCUUCUGCUUCGCCGUGACCUUCAUCAUCAUCGUGGUGGAGCUGGGCGGGCUCCAGGCCCGCUUCCCGCUGUCCUGGCGCAACUUCCCCAUCACCUACGCCUGCUACGCCGCCCUCUUCUGCCUCUCGGCCUCCAUCAUCUACCCCACCACCUACGUCCAGUUCUUGAGCCACGGCCGCACCAGGGACCACGCCAUCGCCGCCACCGCCUUCUCCUGCAUCGCGUGUGUGGCGUACGCCACCGAGGUGGCCUGGACCCGGGCCCGGCCCGGCGAGAUCACGGGCUACAUGGCUACCGUGCCAGGCCUGCUCAAGGUGGUGGAGACCUUCGUGGCCUGCAUCAUCUUCGCCUUCAUCAGCGACCCCUACCUGUACAAGAACAGGCCGGCGCUGGAGUGGUGCGUGGCCGUCUACGCCAUCUGCUUCAUCCUGGCCACCGUGGCCUUCCUGAUGAACCUGUUCGACUUCACCAACGCGCUGCCCAUCCCCUUCCCCAGCUUCCUGUCCGGCCUGGCCCUGCUCUCCGUCCUCUUCUACGCCUCGGCCAUGGUCCUCUGGCCUCUCUACCAGUUCAACGAGAGGUACGGCGGCUUCCCCGAGCGCAGGAGGGAUUCCCUCUGCAGUAUCAGCCACGUUAACUACGUGUGCGCCUGGGACCGCCGCCUGGCCGUGGCCAUUCUGACGGCCAUCAACCUGCUGGCCUACGUGGCUGACCUGGUGUACUCGGCUCACCCGGUCUUUGUCUGAGGCUGUCCCGGAGCU